UUUUCUUUUAACGUUCAUCACUUUUCAGUUAAGCAACGUACGUCUUCUGAGUUAAAACUGUUUGCAAAAUGUUUUGGCUAAAGUUUGAAUUUUUUAAAAUGUGUGGUAUUAUACUGUUUAUUCUAUGGGUUUAUCUUCUAAGCGUCGUUGAAGGAAAACAUCUUUCCAAGCGAGGACUUAUGGAAAAUAUUAAUAAUGGAAUCAAGUAUGCUGGCCAAAUGAUGGGUAUAAAUACUGCUGCUGACGUAGCAAACUUGGUAGCAAAAGCUUUUGCACGACAACAGCCCCCAGCAAAGCAAUUCGAUGCACCGUUCUUAUUCCAAACGCCUGGGAAAAUUCAUAAUUCUGACAGAGAAUAUGACACUGCUUCUUCCUUUAUAAACACCACUGAUAUGGUUGGAGGACUUUUGCGGAUGCUAGGCUUCGACGCCGGCAAACUAGGUGCUUUGGCUAUCAAUGCAAUUUUAAUGAUUGCUCAACUGAUUGGAACUAAUCUGAAAAGGAGAGACAAUCCAAUGAAUUUCUCAAAAUCAACAGAAGAUGGAAAAAACUUUGAUGAAUCUCAACAUGAAGACGAUGAACCAUAUUAUGAUGGUCCUCAAGAUGAUCGCACUGCUCGAGGAGGAAAUAUCCAUGACCAUACACCUCUGGACUGGAUAUUGACAAAUCCACCGGAAGGACUUUCAGAUUUUAUUGAGCAAAUUACAGAUCGAAAACUUCCUGACAAGUUAGUUGAAGCAAUUGGCAAACUUGAAGCGCAACCUGGUCAGGGGGAUUGUAUUAAAUUGCUUAUGUGUAAAAGUGCACCUUUUAUUUGGGGAAUGCAGAACUCGGUUUCGAAACGUUUAAAUGAUCUGCCAAAAGAUUCAAAUGAAGAAAAUUAUAAAAGUGAACAGCCAAUGUCUAUAUCAGUGUUAUUCAAAAAUCUUCCUGACCUAGAAGAAUAUCGAAAACAUGGUCAGCAGUGUGAACGUCAUUUUUCGAAAUUUUGCAAGAAAAAUGAUUCCUAAACGAAAGUAAUUUUUACAAUUCUAUAUUUUUAUUUAAUUUAAUUGAUGAUCUAUAUUUAAAAACAAAAUCAUAACUUUAAUUCAAUUUUAAUACAAAUAUUAAUAUUUAAUAAAAAUUAAUAAAGUGCUGCAACGGUAACAGUGGCAGCCAUUAAGCAGA